AUGUUAGAAUUGUCAUUCCUAGAGGAUUCAGUACAACAUGAUAAAUUAAUUGAUGAUUACACAAAUGAUAUUGAACAAAUGGAUAUUGAAAGUGCUGAACAUUAUUUAAAUGAUAGUAAAAAAGAAAUUCGUUUAGCUACAGCUGAAGAUUUUGAAUCUGAAAGUGUUCAAUCAAUGACAGGAACAACUGAUGAAAAUAAAAUAAUUUUAGAACGCAAACAAAAGUUAAGUGAAAGUCAAGAAAGAAAAGAUUUAACAUUAACUUUUAGUGGAAUUGAUAGUAAUAUUACAUCAGAUUCUGGUACAAUGCGUCAUUGUGGUACAUCACCGUUUGAUACAACACCAAAAGAAAAAGAAAGUGAUAUACCAUCACUUAAGUUAAUAAUUGGUAGAAAAGAGGUUAAAACUAAAGAUGCUACUGCAGUUUCUGAAAGUUUAUUAACUUUAUAUGGUCAUCAAGAUGUUGAAAUUUCAAUAACAUCUGAAUCAAAAAUAUGUUUAACAACCGAUGAUCAUUCAUCUGGUCGUAAAAGUACUAAACAUACAACGGAAUAUAUUACUAAAACAACAGAUAUUAAAAAUGAUACAAAACGUGUACGAAUACAAAGAACAUCAGAAGCUGUUAGUGGUGGUGAGAAGCCAACUGAAGUUAAUUUUUCAAAAUUAAAAUCAAUUCAUAUUUAUCAAAGUACAGAUUCAAUAAGUGAAUCACCUAAUUCUGACCAAAGUUUUUCGCAGCCUAAUAUUAGUGAUACUGGUAUAUCGAUAACUAGAGGUUUCACUGAAACUGCUACAAGUCCACUAACGAAAAGUUAUUCAGAAGAACCAACUAGUGGUAAAAGAUACAAGGGUAUUGUAACUGAUACAGGUUUGGAUGUUGAAAUUGAAGAGCUAGAGAUGACAGAUGCUGGACUAAGUCCAAUUCAGCAAGAUGAUAUUACGACAAAUAUAUCAACUACAUUUCCAACAGAUGAUGACCAAAUAAAUGAUCGAACCUAUUCAAUCAAUCAGGGAACCAGCCCUGUUGAUUUUGAUGACACAAUUGAUACAUCUGAAGCGGGUACUUUAACUGAUCGCGUUGAAUUUAAAGAUGCCUCAUUAAGUCCAUUAGAUGCCGAUAGUAGUGUCAAAACACCAAUAAGUGGAAUGACUGACGAUGAAAUAUUAAUAAAACGACAUGGUUCUGGUGAUGUUAAAGAAAAAAUUCGUUUGAUUGAAGAGAAUGCUAAGCUGUCACAAAAAAUUAUGAGUCCUAGUAGAAAAAUUGUACAAAAAGAAUCACAAAAUAUUGAAGAAAUACCCAGAGAUGUAACUGAUUCUGCAGAAAUAAUUGACGAGUUUAUAAAAUAUGAGAAAGUUUCCACUUUGCAAACAAAAUUAAGCCAUAAAGAUAUUGAUGAAGAAAGAUGUGAUAAAAAGAAAGAAGAUUCUAUCCUUCAUGCAAUUCCAUUUACAGCUAAGAGUAUUGCCCAGCCUGAUCGUCCAUUUAAACUAGAUGAAGUUGAGAAGCAAAUUGUGGUUCAACCAACAGAAGAAGAAAUUCAUUCGAAAAAAGUUACUUCACUAGUAUCCACUAUUGCUGAUUCAAAAGAUGCUGCUAAACUAUCUGAUGAAUUAAGGCAAAUUGAUGAAGCAGUAUGUGAAAAAGUUUGCAUAAAACGUAAAGUCUCAAUGCUUAAAGAACAGUUUGAACAAGGAAAAAUAGACAAAAAACUUUCCGAAGUAACGAGUUCUGAAGAUUUUAUUUCGAAAGCAGAGCUAUUACCUGAUAAUAAACAGAAAUUUGAUGAAGAAACUUCAGAUCAAAUUGAUAAAACUAUUACCUUUAUAAGGCAGGAACAACACUUUAGUUCAAUUAAUAAAGCACUACGAGAACCAAUUUCAUCGGUUAUAAAACGAGAUUCUUCAUCUAUAAGCUCAGAAACCGUUGAAGCAGAAAAAUCGGAAAUAAAAUUUCCAGACAACAAAACAACAUUAAGUGAUGAAUUUGCUGUUCCCAAAAAAGUUUCGGAAUUAAAAGAAAAGUUUGAAAGACAGAGCUCAAUGCAAGAUAAGCUAAGUGAAUUAUUAUUAACCGGAGACAAUAAAAUUAAGGCUGUGAAAGAUUCUGACAAAGAAGAGAAAAAUACAUCUAAAGCGUUAAGCCUCUCAACGAAGAUGGACUCUGAGGAGCUUGGCUCGCUGGAACAAAUUUCAAUUGACUACACUGAUUCGCUUAGUAAAGUAGCUGAAUUUAUCAAACAAGAACAAAAGUUUUCUGCGCAAAUUGAGCCACCAAUUAAAGUAGAACCGGAAGUAGUUAUCAGUUGUGAAUCUGAUGCUAGUCCUGAAAAAAAGUCUGAUUUAAUAUCGAAAGUGGGAAAAUAUACCGAUAAUUUAAAUAUUGUAACUCCAACUACAAUUGACGUUGAUAAUACGCAAAAACCCUCUGUAGCAUCUCAAUUAUACGCUGUUCCAUUUAAAGUUCGAGCUGAACAAAAAAUUGAAAGAUCAAUUGACGUUGAAGAUAUAGAAAAUCAAGUAAUUUCAACUGAUGAGCUUGAGCAAAAAAAGGUUAAAAAAAUUGAUAAAAUAGAAACUGUGAUAAAACAAGAAUAUCGUCUAAAAGAUGAAAAACCGUUGACAUUAGCGAAUGAUUUUGCAUCUGAAGAAGUAUGUGUGAAACAUACGAUUACUGCCUUAGCAGAACCCAGCCAGGAACUGAUAGUAAAUCAAACAGACAAUGACAUUUUAGAAAACUUAAAGUAUCGUGAAAGUAAUGAAAUGGCCGCUAAGGGUCAUGGCGACUCAUUGAAACAAAUAACGAAUUUUAUAAAAGCGGAACAAAUUUUAAGUUCUGUGCUCAAAGAAACUGAAAAGGACAGUAAAACUACACAUACAAAUUUACAAUUAUAUGCCACUCCUUUCGAGACAAAAUCGAGACCGCAACUUGAACGUGAAGUGGAUAUAGCUACACUUGAAAGUCUAAUAGUUUUAGAUAAUCCGACUUCUGAAGAUUUGAAAGAAAGAGAAUCAGUUAUGAAAAAGGUGGCUGAAAAUAAGUACGAAAUGGAACCCAGAGAAGACGAAUUCAAACAAUCAAUAGAAAAUGUUAAAAGUUUUAUAUUGGCCGAACAAAAAUUUAGCACGAUUCAAAAAGAAAGUGAAGAAACAAAAAUAGAAAAACCUGAAUUGUCAAAAUUACACACAAUUCCUUUCGAAAUAAAACAAAAAACACAACAAGUGCGCGAAGUAGAUAUUUCUGAAUUGGAAAAUUUAAUUAUUUCACCAGAAGAUUUGGAUUUAAAUUUGACAACAGACAUCUCGAAAAUUGAAAAAAAGGAAAUUGCUCAACAAGAUACUAAUUACAUUCCUGAACAAUUAUGUAUGAAGCGUACUGUUUCAUCUUUAGCAGUACAAAAUCAGAAAGCACUACAGGAAUCUUCGACCACUGAAUGUGAUGAAGAUUAUUUUUCUCAAGAGGCUAGAGAAGCCACAAAAACAAGCCCAUGUGUCAAAGAUUUAAAUUAUCCAUUAAAAACAGGAACAGAUGUCAUAACUUCUGGACAAAAAUUUAGUUCUUCUAUUGAUUUAAAAAAUCAAAUUAGUAAAAUAAAAACAGAAUCCGAUGACAAAUUAUCCGAGUUUAAAGCAACUAAAGACCCACAACACAUUUCUACUGAACUUUCUUUAGGAAAUAUAUCUGAUUUCAUAAAAAGGGAACAAAUCUUCAGCUCAGAUUUACAAAGUAAAGUAAAACUUAACAAAAAAGUUGAUAUUAGAGAAGAGUUGAUAUUACCCGAUACUUUAAAAGCUUCAACUAUUUUUGCAGAAUCUUUGCAAGAAAUUGCUCAAUUUAUUGAAACUGAAAAAGACUAUUGUUCAUUGCAGAAAACAAUUUUGUCCGACAUAUAUUCAGCAAAGCAUGAAUUUCUAACUGAGUCAAAUAUUGAAGAAACUGAUCAUGAGGGUUUAGAAACUCUAAUUAAAGAAGAAAUCUCAAGCACAAUACCAAUAUUUGAGAAAUGCCAUCCUCGGAAACAAGAACCAACGUCGGCAAUUCCAUUUAAGCCAACUCAUAAACCUGAUAUUGCCAAAAAUUUAAACGUUUCUGAAAUAGAAAAAUGUAUUGUUGAAACGAAAGACAUUCAAACGGCUCAAAUUUUAAAAAAAGAUUCCUCACCACUUAAACAAGAUGAAAAGCAAGAGUUAACUUAUAGUGAUCGAGGCGAUACUAGUAACGAAAGUAGUAUUAAAGAAGUAAUUUUAAUAAAGCAAACAAUAACGCCUUUAGAGGAAGAUAAAACGUCUUCAAGUAGCCCAAGUUUGCCAAGCGAAAUACAGACGACUGUUGAAUUUCAUGAUUUAAAAUUAAUAACUGACGUCGAAGCUGUACCCAAAGAAGAGAUAAAUACUAUGGAAGAUAUACCGAUAAUCAAUCCAGAUCCUUUAGUACAAAAUUUACCUUUGGAAGAUGUUUUUAAAAAACAUGGAAUGAAAAAAUCAAUAUCUCAGAUUUUAAUGGAUCAACAAAGUGAAGAAAAUAAAUUUCUUCCAGCAAAAGAACCAUCUUUUGCUACAGAAGAAUUAUCCGAUAAAUUAGAAAAAGAUUUUCAAAAGGACUUGUUCAAGACUAUUGAAACAACUUCAACAAGUCAGCAUGGGAAAAACUUCGAAAAUGAUUUUGAAAAAACAAUAUCAAGUUUACCUGAUAAAACAGUAACAUUAACGUCUACCUCAACUUCAACACUGUCAAGAGUCCGAGUUUCUAGUAACAUUCGGCAGGAGGAGAUAAUAACUUGGAAGCCCAAGAAUAAAACUCUAACUGAAUCCGAUAUCACUAGUGAUCCUGAAACAAUGCCUACUAUCGCACCGUUUAAAAAGAAAUAUGAAACACAUAUAACAACAAUAACACAACGUGAGUUCCCAUCAUUUGAUGAAUUGUUAAAAGACUCAAUUGGUGAAACUAAAGAACAUCUUCCCGAUUCUUUAUUAUAUAAAGAUAGCACAGUAAAAAUGAAUGAUCAAAAUAUUGCAGUUAGCGUUGUUGAUGAAAAAGUAAAAUCAAAUGAAAGUAUUAGAAAAUUGGAAAAAGUUAAUUCCGACGACACAUUAGAUGAUACUAAUGGUAAAAAAGUCUAUCAGACUACUGAUCCAAAAAUAAAACAAUCCCUAAAUAUAGCCGAAGGUAGUGCAGAGAUAUUGAACAAAGCCCCUCAAUCGCUAACCGGCGAACUUUCUUCAAAUAUUAACAAAUACAACUUAAUCGAUGAUAAAGUUGAUUUGGCUUGUAUUAGAGACGAUAAUAUGUACAAAAGAGAUAUAGAAAAACCGUCGCUUGUUUCGAAAACUGAUAUUAAUUAUUCGGUCACUGAGCCUUCAAUAAUUCCAGCAAAUGAUGUGUAUAUGCCUAUAGCAGAUGUGGUUCAUUCUAAUAAAAAGGAUUUAGAAAGUAUAACUGAAAAAACUUCCGAAUUUAUUGACAAAUCAAUAGGUACUACCGUAAACCUUGAAAAAACAAAGCAUAUUCUGGGUGAUCCUAUAUAUAUUGGACAGACUGAUCAUACGCUUACCUCCCCUAUUGCAGACAGUUUAGGAAAAGCUUUACAUGUUCUGACAGAUCCUAUGUCAGUUGUUAAUGAGAAAUUAUACUUACCUGUUGACUCAGAUAUUAGAAUCGAAAAGAAAAUAAUAGAAAAAACCUCUGCUACUGAAAAACCUUUGUUAGUUCACACUGUUGAAGAAAGUCUGGAAACAGCUUUACAGGUAUUAUCUGCACCAGUAACCUUAAUAAAGAAAGACUCUCAUGGUUUUAAAGAAAAAGAAGAUUUUUCGUUGCUUUCUCAAAGAAAAAUACAAGAAAACCCAGCGGAGACUGCACCAAUUAUUAAAAAACACCCUGAGUCUGUUGCUAAAACUUUGGAGAAAUCUAUGCAUGUUUUAACUGAUCCCGUAUUUUUAGAUGAGAAAACUGACCGCAUUUUGUCUUAUUAUAAUCGGGAAGAAAUUGACAGACGACUAGGUCUUGAAACAAAAACACAAGAAAAGCCCAUAGAAAAAAAUUUAGGUGGAAAACCUCUCCAGCAUAUUGUCAAAGGUCUUGAGGAAGCAUUACAUGUUUUAACAGAUCCUGCAUCUGUAGACUACACAAUGACUCACAUUGCAACCUCCCAAAGCCUUAAAGAAGAAAUUGACAUUUCACACACUGUAGAAUUAGAUGAUCAUAAAUAUCCUCUCGAUGACUUUAAAGAAGAAUUAGACAAGCAACAUAAACCUGUAUCUUCUGAUAAAAGGGAAGAAAAAGGGGUAACAGAAAAACCAGCUUUAACUGAAAAACAAACAAAGCCUGACAAAGACUUGAUGGCUCCUCUCGAUGACCUUAAAGAAACUUUAGACGAACCAAAGAAACCCGUAGUAUUCGUUAAAAAAGAAGAUAAAGCAGUACUACAUACACUUUCUGUAAUUGAGAAACCAUUAAAGUCAGCCAUACACAGCCAAGACAAAGAUUUACCCAGGUCUCCUGAAAAGGUGCACCCUAUAGAAUUAGGUGAUCAUAAAUCUCCACUCGACGACCUUAAGAAAGACUCAGAAAAGCCACAUAAACCUGUAAUUCCUGAUAAAAGAGAAGAAAAAGGGUUAACAGAAAAACCAACUCUAACUGAAAAACAAACAAAGCCUGACAAAGACUUGAUGGCUCCACUCGAUGACCUUAAAGAAACUUUAGACGAAACAAAGCAACCCGUAGUAUCCGAUAAAAAAGAAGAUAAAGCAGUACUAGAUACACCUUCUGUAAUUGACAAACCGCUAAAGUCUGUCAUACACAGUCCAGAAGAAGAUUUAACCAUGUCUCCUGAAAAGGUGCACCCUAUAGCAUUGGAUGAUCAAUCUCCUCUCGACGACCUUAAAAAAGACUCAGACAAGCCACAUAAACCUGUAAUUUCUGACAAAAGGGAAGAAAAAGGGAUAACAGAAAAACCAGCUCUAACUGAAAAACAAACAAAGCCUGACAAAGAUUUGAUGGCUCCUCUCGAUGACCUUAAAGAAACUUUAGACGAACCAAAGCAACCCGUAGUACCCGAUAAAAAAGAAGAUAAAGCAGUAACAGAUACACCUUCUGUAAUUGAGAAACAAUUAAAGUCAGUCAUACACAGUCUAGACAAAGAUUUAACCACGUCUCCUGAAAAGGUGCACCCUAUAGAAUUAGGUGAUCAUAAAUCUCCUCUCGAUGACCUUAAGAAAGACUCAGAAAAGCAACAUAAACCUGUAAUUCCUGAUAAAAGGGAAGAAAAAGGGUUAACAGAAAAACCAACUCUAACUGAAAAACAAACAAAGCCUGACAAAGAUUUGAUGGCUCCACUCGAUGACCUUAAAGAAACUUUAGACGAAACAAAGCAACCCGUAGUAUCCGAUAAAAAAGAAGAUAAAGCAGUACUAGAUACACCUUCUGUAAUUGACAAACCACUAAAGUCUGUCAUACACAUUCCAGAAAAAGAUUUAACCAUGUCUCCUGAUAAGGUGCACCCUAUACCAUUGGGUCAUCAUAAAUCUCCUCUCGACGACCUUAAAAAAGACUCAGACAAGCCACAUAAACCUGUAAUUUUUGAUAAAAGGGAAGAAAAAGGGGUAACAGAAAAACCAGCUCCAACUGAAAAACAAACAAAGCCUGACAAAGACUUGAUGGCUCCCCUCGAUGACCUUAUAGAAACUUUAGAUGAACCAAACAAAUCCGUACUAUCCCAUAAAAAAGAAGAUAAAGAAGUACUAGAUACACCUCCUGUAAUUGAGAAACCAUUAAAGUCAGUCAUCCACAGUCCAGACAAAGGCUUAACCAUAUCUCCUGAAAUGGUGCACCCUACAGAAUUAGAUGAUCAUAAAUCUCCUCUCGAUGACCUUAAAGAAACUUUAGACGAACCAAAGCAACCCGUAGUAUCCGAUAAAAAAGAAGAUAAAGCAGUAAUAGAUACACCUUCUGUAAUUGAGAAACCAUUAAAGUCAGUCAUCCACAGUCCAGACAAAGACUCAACCAUAUCUCCUGAAAAGGUGCACCCUACAGAAUUAGAUGAUCAUAAAUCUCCUCUCGAUGACCUUAAAGAAACUUUAGACGAACCAAAGCAACCCGUAGUAUCCGAUAAAAAAGAAGAUAAAGCAGUAAUAGAUACACCUUCUGUAAUUGAGAAACCAUUAAAGUCAGUCAUCCACAGUCCAGAAAAAGAUUUAACCAUGUCUCCUGAAAAGUCGCACCCUAUAGUAUUAGAUGAUCAUAAAUAUCCUUUCGAUGACCUUAAAGAAGAAUCAGAUAAGCCACAUAAACCAGUAGUUUCUGAUAAAAGGGAAGAGAAAGGGGUAACAGAAAAACCAGCUCUGUCUGAAAAACAAACAAAGCCUAACAAAGAUUUGAUGUCUCCUCUCGAUGACCUUAAAGAAACUUUAGAGGAACCAAAGCAACCCGUAGUAUUCGAUAAAAAAGAAGAUAAAGCAGUAAUAGAUACACCUUCUGUAAUUGAGAAACCAUUAAAGUCAGUCAUCCACAGUCCAGACAAAGACUUAACCAUAUCUCCUGAAAAGGUGCACCCUACAGAAUUAGAUGAUCAUAAAUCUCCUCUCGAUGACCUUAAAGAAACUUUAUACGAACCAAAGCAACCCGUAGUAUCCGAUAAAAAAGAAGAUAAAGCAGUAAUAGAUACACCUUCUGUAAUUGAGAAACCAUUAAAGUCAGUCAUCCACAGUCCAGAAAAAGAUUUAACCAUGUCUCCUGAAAAGUCGCACCCUGUAGUAUUAGAUGAUCAUAAAUAUCCUUUCGAUGACCUUAAAGAAGAAUCAGAUAAGCCACAUAAACCAGUAGUUUCUGAUAAAAGGGAAGAGAAAGGGGUAACAGAAAAACCAGCUCUAUUUGACAAACAAACAAAGCCUGACAAAGAUUUGAUGGCUUCUCUCGGUGAUCUUAUAAAAACUUUAGACAAACCAAAGAAACCCGUAGUAUCCGAUAAAAAAGAAGAUAAAGCAGUACUAGAUACACCUUCUGUAAUUGAGAAACCACUAAAGUCAGUCAUACACAGUCCAGACAAAGAUUUAACCACGUCUCCUGAAAAGGUGCACCCUACAGUAUUAGAUGAUCAUAAAUCUCCUCUCGAUGAAUUUAAGAAAGACUCAGACAAGCCGCAUAAACCUGUAAUUUUUGAUAAAAGGGAAGAAAAAAGGGUAACAGAAAAAGCAGCUCUAACUGACAAACAAACAAAGCCUGACAAAGAUUUGAUGGCUUCUCUCGGUGACCUUAAAGAAACUUUAGACGAACCAAAGCAACCCGUAGUAUCCGAUAAAAAAGAAGAUAAAGCAGUAUUAGAUACACCUUCUGUAAUUGAAAAACCAUUAAAGUCUGUCAUACAUAGUCCAGACAAAGAUUUAACUAUUUCUCCUGAAGAGGUGCACCCUACAGAAUUAGAGGAUCAUAAAUCUCCUCUCGAUGACCUUAAGAAAGACUCAGACAAGCCACAAAAACCUGUAAUUUUUGAUAAAAGGGAAGAAAAAGGGGUAACAGAAAAACCAGCUCUAACUGAAAAACAAACAAAGCCUGACAAAGAUUUGAUGGCUCCUCUCGAUGACUUUAAAGAAACUUUAGACGAACCAAAGCAACCCGUAGUAUCUGAUAAAAAAGAAGAUAAAGCAGUAAUAGAUACACCUUCUGCAAUGGGGAAACCUUUAAAGUCUGUGUUACACAGUCCGGAUAAAGAUUUUACCAUUUCUCCUGAAAAGAUGCAACCUAUAGAAUUAGAUGAUCAUAAAUCUGCCCUCGGUGACGUUAAAGAAGAGUCAGACAGCCCACAUAAACCUGUAAUUUCUGAUAAAAGGGAAGAAAAAGGGAUAACAGAAAAACCAGCUCUAACUGAAAAACAAACAAAGCCUGACAGAGAUUUGAUGGCUCCUCUCGAUGACCUUAAAGAAACUUUAGACGAACCAAAGCAACCCGUACUAUCCGAUAAAAAAGAAGAUAAAGCAGUAAUAGAUACACCUUCUGUAAUUGACAAACCAUUAAAGUCUGUCAUACACAGUCCAGACAAAGAUUUAACCAUGUCUCCUGAAAAGGUGCACCCUAUAGAAUUAGAUGAUCAUAUAUCUCCUUUCGACGACCUUAAAGAAGGGUCAGACAAGCCACAUAAACCUCCUGACAAAGAUUUGAUGGCUCCUUUCGAUGACCUUAAAGAAACUUUAGACGAACCAAAGCAACACGUAUUAUCCGAUAAAAAGGAAGAUAAAGCAGUAAUAGAUACAUCUUCUGCAAUGGGGAAACCUUUAAAGUCUGUGUUACACAGUUCAGACAAAGAUUUAACUAUUUCUCCUGAAAAGGUGCACCCUACAGAAUUAGAUGAUCUUAAAUCUCCUCUCGAUGACCUUAAGAAAGACUCAGACAAGCCACAAAAACCUGUAAUUUUUGAUAAAAGGUUAGAAAAAGGGGUAACAGAAGAACCAGCUCUAACUGAAAAACAAACAAAGCCUGACAAAGAUUUGAUGGCUCCUCUCGAUGACCUUAAAGAAACUUUAGACAAACCAAAGCAACCCGUAGUAUCCGAUAAGAAAGAAGAUAAAGCAGUAAUAGAUACACCUUCUGUAAUUGAGAAACCAUUAAAGUCUGUCAUACACAGUCCAGACAAAAAUUUAACCAUGUCUCCAGAAAAGGUGCACCCUAUAGAAUUAGAUGAUCAUAUAUCUCCUUUCGACGACCUUAAAGAAGGGUCAGACAAGCCACAUAAACCUCCUGACAAAGAUUUGAUGGCUCCUCUCGAUGACCUUAAAGAAACUUUAGAAGAACCAAAGCAACCCGUAGUGUCCGAUAAAAAAGAAGAUAAAGCAGUAAUAGAUACACCUUCUGUAAUUGAGAAACCUUUAAAGUCAGUCAUACACAGUCCAGACAAAGAUUUAACUAUUUCUCUUGAAAAGGUGCACCCUACAGAAUUAGAUGAUCAUAAAUCUCCUCUCGAUGACCUUAAGAAGUACUCAGACAAGCCACAUAAACCUGUAAUUUUUGUUAAAAGGGAAGAAAAAGGGGUAACAGAAAAACAAGCUCCAACUGAAAAACAAACAAAGCCUCACAAAGACUUGAUAACUCCCCUCGAUGACCUUAUAGAAACUUUAGACGAACCAAAGAAACCCGUAGUAUCCCAUAAAAAAGAAGAUAAAGAGGUAAUAGAUACACCUUCUGUAAUUGAGAAACCAUUAAAGUCAGUCAUACACAGACCAGACAAAGACUUAACCAUAUCUCCUGAAAAGGUGCACCCUACAGAAUUAGAUGAUCAUAAAUCUCCUCUCGAUGUAUUUAAGAAAGACUCUCACAAACCACAUAAACCUGUAAUUCCUGAUAAAAAGGAAGAAAAAGGGGUAACAGAAAAAGCAGCUCUAACUGACAAACAAACAAAGUCUGACAAAGAUUUGAUGGCUUCUCUCGGUGAUCUUAAAGAAACUUUAGACGAACCAAAGCACCCCGUAGUAUCCGAUCAAAAAGAAGAUAAAGCAGUAAUAGAUACACCUUCUGUAACUGAGAAACCAUUAAAGUCUGUCAUACACAGUCCAGACAAAGAUUUGACUAUUUCUCCUGAAGAGGUGCACCCUACAGAAUUAGAUGAUCAUAAAUCUCCUCUCGAUGACCUUAAGAAAGACUCAGACAAGCCACAUAAACCUGUAAUUUUUCAUAAAAGGGAAGAAAAAGGGGUAACAGAAAAACCAGCUCUAACUGAAAAACAAUCAACGCCUGACAAAGAUUUGAUGGCUCCUCUCGAUGACCUUAAAGAAACUUUAGACGAACCAAAGCAACCCGUAGUUUCCGAUAAAAAAGAAGAUAAAGCAGUAAUAGAUACACCUUCUGUAAUUGAGAAACCAUUAAAGUCAGUCAUACACAGUCCAGACAAAGAUUUAACCAUGUCUCCUGAAAAGGUGCACCCUAUAGAAUUAGAUGACCAUAAAUCUCCCUUCGAUGACCUUAAAGAAGAAUCAGAUAAGCCACAUAAACCUGUAGUUUCUGAUAAAAGGGAAGAAAAAGGGGUAACAGAAAAACCAGCUCCAACUGAAAAACAAACAAAGCCUGACAAAGACUUGAUGACUCCCCUCGAUGACCUUAUAGAAACUUUAGACGAACCAAAGAAGCCCGUAGUAUCCUAUAAAAAAGAAGAUAAAGAAGUAAUAGAUACACCUCUUGUAAUUGAGAAACCAUUUAAGUCAGUCAUACACAGUCCAGACAAAGACUUAACCAUAUCUCCUGAAAAGGUGCACCCUACAGAAUUAGAUGAUCAUAAAUCUCCUCUCGAUGAAUUUAAGAAAGACUCUGACAAGCCACAUAAACCUGUAAUUUUUGAUAAAAGAGAAGAAAAAGGGGUAACAGAAAAACCAGCUCUAACUGACAAACAAACAAAGCCUGACAAAGAUUUGAUGGCUUCUCUCGGUGACCUUAAAGAAACUUUAGACGAACCAAAGCAACCCGUACUAUCCGAUAAGAAAGAAGAUAAAGCAGUAAUAGAUACACCUUCUGUAAUUGAGAAACCUUUAAAGUCAGUCAUGCACAGUCCAGACAAAGAUUUAACCAUGUCUCCUGAAAAGGUGCACCCUAUAGAAUUAGAUGAUCAUAAAUCUCCCCUCGGUGACGUUAAAGAAGAGUCAGAUAAGCCACAUAAACCUGUAAUUCCUGAUAAAAAGGAAGAAAAAGGGGUAACAGAAAAACCAGCUCUAACUGACAAACAAACAAAGCCUGACAAAGAUUUGAUGGCUCCUCUCGAUGACCUUAAAGAAACUUUAGACGUACCAAAGCAACCCGUAGUAUCCGAUAAAAAAGAAGAUAAAGCAGUAAUAUAUACACCUUCUGUAAUUGAGAAACCUUUAAAGUCAGUCAUGCACAGUCCAGACAAAGAUUUAACCAUGUCUCCUGAAAAGGUGCACCCUAUAGAAUUAGAUGAUCAUAAAUCUCCCCUCGUUGACGUUAAAAAAGAGUCAGACAAGCCACAUAAACCUGUAAUUCCUGAUAAAAAGGAAGAAAAAGGGGUAACACAAAAACCAGCUCUAACUGAAAAACAAACAAAGCCUGACAAAGAUUUGAUGGCUCCUCUCGAUGACCGUAAAGAAACUUUAGACGAACCAAAGCAACCCGUACUAUCCGAUAAAAAAGAAGAUAAAGCAGUAAUAGAUACACCUUCUGUAAUUGAGAAACCAUUAAAGUCUGUCAUACACAGUCCAGAGAAAGAUUUAACCAUGUCUCCUGAAAAGGUGCACCCUAUAGAAUUAGAUGAUCAUAUAUCUCCUUUCGACGACCUUAAAGAAUGGUCAGACAAGCCACAUAAACCUGUAAUUCCUGAUAAAAAGGAAGAAAAAGGCGUAACAGAAAAACCAGCUCCAGCUGAAAAACAAACAAAGCCUGACAAAGAUUUGAUGGCUCCUCCCGAUGACCUUAAAGAAACUUUAGACGAACCAAAGCAACCCGUAGUUUCCGAUAAAAAAGAAGAUAAAGCAGUAAUAGAUACACCUUCUGUAAUUGAGAAACCAUUAAAGUUUGUCAUACACAGUCCAGACAAAGAUUUAAUCAUGUCUCCUGAAAAGGUGCACCCUAUAGAAUUAGAUGAUUAUAUAUCUCCUUUCGACGACCUUAAAGAAGGGUCAGACAAGCCACAUAAACCUGUAAUUCCUGAUAAAAAGGAAGAAAAAGGGGUAACAGAAAAACCAGCUCUAACUGACAAACAAACAAAGCCUGACAAAGAUUUGAUGGCUCCUCUCGGUGACCUUAAAGAAACUUUAGACGAACCAAACCAACCCGUAGUAUCCGAUAAGAAAGAAGAUAAAGCAGUAAUAGAUACACCUUCUGUAAUUGAGAAACCAUUAAAGUCUGUCAUACACAGUCCAGACAAAGAUUUAAUCAUGUCUCCUGAAAAGGUGCACCCUAUAGAAUUAGAUGAUUAUAUAUCUCCUUUCGACGACCUUAAAGAAGGGUCAGACAAGCCACAUAAACCUCCUGACAAAGAUUUGAUGGCUCCUCUCGAUGACCUUAAAGAAACUUUAGACGAACCAAAGCAACCCGUAAUAUCCGAUAAAAAAGAAGAUAAAGCAGUAAUAGAUACACCUUCUGUAAUUGAGAAACCAUUAAAGUCUGUCAUACACAGUCCAGACAAAAAUUUAACCAUUUCUCCUGAAAAGGUGCACCCUAUAGAAUUAAACGAUCAUAUAUCUCCUUUCGACGACCUUAAAGAAGGGUCAGACAAGCCACAUAAACCUCCUGACAAAGAUUUGAUGGCUCCUCUCGAUGACCUUAAAGAAACUUUAGACGAACCAAAGCAACCCGUAGUAUCCGAUAAGAAAGAAGAUAAAGCAGUAAUAGAUGCACCUUCUGUAAUUGAGAAACCAUUAAAGUUUGUCAUACACAGUCCAGACAAAGAUUUAACCCUGUCUCCUGAAAAGGUGCACCCAAUAGAAUUAGAUGAUCAUAAAUCUCCCCUCGGUGACGUUAAAGAAGAGUCAGACAAGCCACAUAAACCUGUAAUUCCUGAUAAAAAGGAAGAAAAAGGGGUAACAGAAAAACCAGCUCUAACUGACAAACAAACAAAGCCUGACAAAGAUUUGAUGGCUCCUCUCGAUGACCUUAAAGAAACUUUAGACGAACCAAAGCAACCCGUAGUAUCCGAUAAGAAAGAAGAUAAAGCAGUAAUAGAUACACCUUCUGUAAUUGAGAAACCAUUAAAGUCUGUCAUACACAGUCCAGAGAAAGAUUUAACCAUGUCUCCUGAAAAGGUGCACCCUAUAGAAUUAGAUGAUCAUAUAUCUCCUUUCGACGACCUUAAAGAAGGGUUAGACAAGCCACAUAAACCUCCUGACAAAGAUUUGAUGGCUCCUCUCGAUGACCUUAAAGAAACUUUAGACGAACCAAAGCAACCCGUAAUAUCCGAUAAAAAAGAAGAUAAAGCAGUAAUAGAUACACCUUCUGUAAUUGAGAAACCAUUAAAGUCUGUCAUACACAGUCCAGAGAAAGAUUUAACCAUGUCUCCUAAAAAGGUGCACCCUAUAGAAUUAGAUGAUCAUAUAUCUCCUUUCGACGACCUUAAAGAAUGGUCAGACAAGCCACAUAAACCUCCUGACAAAGAUUUGAUGGCUCCUCUCGAUGACCUUAAAGAAACUUUAGACGAACCAAAGCAACCCGUAGUUUCCGAUAAAAAAGAAGAUAAAGCAGUAAUAGAUACACCUUCUGUAAUUGAGAAACCAUUAAAGUUUGUCAUACACAGUCCAGACAAAGAUUUAACCAUGUCUCCUGAAAAGGUGCACCCCAUGGAAUUAGAUGAUCAUAAAUCUGCCCUCGGUGACGUUAAAAAAGAGUCAGACAAGCCACAUAAACCUGUAAUUCCUGAUAAAAAGGAAAAAAAAGGGGUAACAGAAAAACCAGCUCUAACUGACAAACAAACAAAGCCUGACAAAGAUUUGAUGGCUCCUCUCGGUGACCUUAAAGAAACUUUAGACGAACCAAACCAACCCGUAGUAUCCGAUAAGAAAGAAGAUAAAGCAGUAAUAGAUACACCUUCUGUAAUUGAGAAACCAUUAAAGUUUGUCAUACACAGUCCAGACAAAGAUUUAAUCAUGUCUCCUGAAAAGGUGCACCCUAUAGAAUUAGAUGAUCAUAUAUCUCCUUUCGACGACCUUAAAGAAUGGUCAGACAAGCCACAUAAACCUGUAAUUCCUGAUAAAAAGGAAGAAAAAGGCGUAACAGAAAAACCAGCUCCAGCUGAAAAACAAACAAAGCCUGACAAAGAUUUGAUGGCUCCUCCCGAUGACCUUAAAGAAACUUUAGACGAACCAAAGCAACCCGUAGUUUCCGAUAAAAAAGAAGAUAAAGCAGUAAUAGAUACACCUUCUGUAAUUGAGAAACCAUUAAAGUUUGUCAUACACAGUCCAGACAAAGAUUUAAUCAUGUCUCCUGAAAAGGUGCACCCUAUAGAAUUAGAUGAUUAUAUAUCUCCUUUCGACGACCUUAAAGAAGGGUCAGACAAGCCACAUAAACCUGUAAUUCCUGAUAAAAAGGAAGAAAAAGGGGUAACAGAAAAACCAGCUCUAACUGACAAACAAACAAAGCCUGACAAAGAUUUGAUGGCUCCUCUCGGUGACCUUAAAGAAACUUUAGACGAACCAAACCAACCCGUAGUAUCCGAUAAGAAAGAAGAUAAAGCAGUAAUAGAUACACCUUCUGUAAUUGAGAAACCAUUAAAGUCUGUCAUACACAGUCCAGACAAAGAUUUAAUCAUGUCUCCUGAAAAGGUGCACCCUAUAGAAUUAGAUGAUUAUAUAUCUCCUUUCGACGACCUUAAAGAAGGGUCAGACAAGCCACAUAAACCUGUAAUUCCUGAUAAAAAGGAAGAAAAAGGGGAAACUUUAGACGAACCAAAGCAACCCGUAAUAUCCGAUAAAAAAGAAGAUAAAGCAGUAAUAGAUACACCUUCUGUAAUUGAGAAACCAUUAAAGUCUGUCAUACACAGUCCAGACAAAAAUUUAACCAUUUCUCCUGAAAAGGUGCACCCUAUAGAAUUAAACGAUCAUAUAUCUCCUUUCGACGACCUUAAAGAAGGGUCAGACAAGCCACAUAAACCUCCUGACAAAGAUUUGAUGGCUCCUCUCGAUGACCUUAAAGAAACUUUAGACGAACCAAAGCAACCCGUAGUAUCCGAUAAGAAAGAAGAUAAAGCAGUAAUAGAUGCACCUUCUGUAAUUGAGAAACCAUUAAAGUUUGUCAUACACAGUCCAGACAAAGAUUUAACCCUGUCUCCUGAAAAGGUGCACCCAAUAGAAUUAGAUGAUCAUAAAUCUCCCCUCGGUGACGUUAAAGAAGAGUCAGACAAGCCACAUAAACCUGUAAUUCCUGAUAAAAAGGAAGAAAAAGGGGUAACAGAAAAACCAGCUCUAACUGACAAACAAACAAAGCCUGACAAAGAUUUGAUGGCUCCUCUCGAUGACCUUAAAGAAACUUUAGACGAACCAAAGCAACCCGUAGUAUCCGAUAAGAAAGAAGAUAAAGCAGUAAUAGAUACACCUUCUGUAAUUGAGAAACCAUUAAAGUCUGUCAUACACAGUCCAGAGAAAGAUUUAACCAUGUCUCCUGAAAAGGUGCACCCUAUAGAAUUAGAUGAUCAUAUAUCUCCUUUCGACGACCUUAAAGAAGGGUUAGACAAGCCACAUAAACCUCCUGACAAAGAUUUGAUGGCUCCUCUCGAUGACCUUAAAGAAACUUUAGACGAACCAAAGCAACCCGUAAUAUCCGAUAAAAAAGAAGAUAAAGCAGUAAUAGAUACACCUUCUGUAAUUGAGAAACCAUUAAAGUCUGUCAUACACAGUCCAGAGAAAGAUUUAACCAUGUCUCCUGAAAAGGUGCACCCUAUAGAAUUAGAUGAUCAUAUAUCUCCUUUCGACGACCUUAAAGAAUGGUCAGACAAGCCACAUAAACCUCCUGACAAAGAUUUGAUGGCUCCUCUCGAUGACCUUAAAGAAACUUUAGACGAACCAAAGCAACCCGUAGUUUCCGAUAAAAAAGAAGAUAAAGCAGUAAUAGAUACACCUUCUGUAAUUGAGAAACCAUUAAAGUUUGUCAUACACAGUCCAGACAAAGAUUUAACCAUGUCUCCUGAAAAGGUGCACCCCAUGGAAUUAGAUGAUCAUAAAUCUGCCCUCGGUGACGGGGUAACAGAAAAACCAGCUCUAACUGACAAACAAACAAAGCCUGACAAAGAUUUGAUGGCUCCUCUCGGUGACCUUAAAGAAACUUUAGACGAACCAAACCAACCCGUAGUAUCCGAUAAGAAAGAAGAUAAAGCAGUAAUAGAUACACCUUCUGUAAUUGAGAAACCAUUAAAGUCUGUCAUACACAGUCCAGACAAAGAUUUAAUCAUGUCUCCUGAAAAGGUGCACCCUAUAGAAUUAGAUGAUUAUAUAUCUCCUUUCGACGACCUUAAAGAAGGGUCAGACAAGCCACAUAAACCUCCUGACAAAGAUUUGAUGGCUCCUCUCGAUGACCUUAAAGAAACUUUAGACGAACCAAAGCAACCCGUAAUAUCCGAUAAAAAAGAAGAUAAAGCAGUAAUAGAUACACCUUCUGUAAUUGAGAAACCAUUAAAGUCUGUCAUACACAGUCCAGACAAAAAUUUAACCAUUUCUCCUGAAAAGGUGCACCCUAUAGAAUUAAACGAUCAUAUAUCUCCUUUCGACGACCUUAAAGAAGGGUCAGACAAGCCACAUAAACCUCCUGACAAAGAUUUGAUGGCUCCUCUCGAUGACCUUAAAGAAACUUUAGACGAACCAAAGCAACCCGUAGUAUCCGAUAAAAAAGAAGAUAAAGCAGUAAUAGAUGCACCUUCUGUAAUUGAGAAACCAUUAAAGUUUGUCAUACACAGUCCAGACAAAGAUUUAACCCUGUCUCCUGAAAAGGUGCACCCAAUAGAAUUAGAUGAUCAUAAAUCUCCCCUCGGUGACGUUAAAGAAGAGUCAGACAAGCCACAUAAACCUGUAAUUCCUGAUAAAAAGGAAGAAAAAGGGGAUUUGAUGGCUCCUCUCGAUGACCUUAAAGAAACUUUAGACGAACCAAAGCAACCCGUAGUAUCCGAUAAAAAAGAAGAUAAAGCAGUAAUAGAUACACCUUCUGUAAUUGAGAAACCAUUAAAGUCUGUCAUACACAGUCCAGACAAAGAUUUAACCAUUUCUCCUGAAAAGGUGCACCCUAUAGAAUUAGAUGAUCAUAUAUCUCCUUUCGACGACCUUAAAGAAGGGUCAGACAAGCCACAUAAACCUCCUGACAAAGAUUUGAUGGCUCCUCUCGAUGACCUUAAAGAAACUUUAGACGAACCAAAGCAACCCGUAGUAUCCGAUAAAAAAGAAGAUAAAGCAGUAAUAGAUACACCUUCUGUAAUUGAGAAACCAUUAAAGUCUGUCAUACACAGUCCAGACAAAGAUUUAACCAUGUCUCCUGAAAAGGUGCAUCCUAUAGAAUUAGAUGAUCAUAAAUCUGCCCUCGUUGACGUUAAAAAAGAGUCAGACAAGCCACAUAAACCUGUAAUUCCUGAUAAAAAGGAAGAAAAAGGGGAUUUGAUGGCUCCUCUCGGUGACCUUAAAGAAACUUUAGACGAACCAAAGCAACCCGUAGUAUCCGAUAAGAAAGAAGAUAAAGCAGUAAUAGAUACACCUUCUGUAAUUGAGAAACUAUUAAAGUCUGUCAUACACAGUCCAGACAAAGAUUUAACCAUGUCUCCUGAAAAGGUGCACCCUAUAGAAUUAGAUGAUCAUAUAUCUCCUUUCGAUGACCUUAAAGAAGGGUCGGACAAGCCACAUAAACCUCCUGACAAAGAUUUGAUGGCUUCUCUCGAUGGCCUUAAAGAAAUUUUAGACGAACCAAAGCAACCCGUAGUAUCCGAUAAAAAAGAAGAUAAAGCAGUAAUAGAUACACCUUCUGUAAUUGAGAAACCAUUAAAGUCUGUCAAACACAGUCCAGACAAAGAUUUAACCAUGUCUUCUGAAAAGGUGUACCCUAUAGAAUUGGAUGAUCAUAAAUCUCCCCUCGGUGACGUUAAAAAAGAGUCAGACAGGCCACAUAAACCUCCUGACAAAGAUUUGAUGGCUUCUCUCAAUGGCCUUAAAGAAAUUUUAGACGAACCAAAGCAACCCGUAGUAUCCGAUAAAAAAGAAGAUAAAGCUGUAAUAGAUACACCUUCUGUAAUUGAGAAACCAUUAAAGUCUGUCAUACACAGUCCAGACAAAGAUAUAACCAUGUCUUCUGAAAAGGUGUACCCUAUAGAAUUGGAUGAUCAUAAAUCUCCCCUCGGUGACCUUAAAGAAGGGUCGGACAAGCCACAUAAACCUCCUGACAAAGAUUUGAUGGCUUCUCUCGAUGGCCUUAAAGAAAUUUUAGACGAACCAAAGCAACCCGUAGUAUCCGAUAAAAAAGAAGAUAAAGCAGUAAUAGAUACACCUUCUGUAAUUGAGAAACCAUUAAAGUCUGUCAUACACAGUCCAGACAAAGAUUUAACCAUGUCUUCUGAAAAGGUGUACCCUAUAGAAUUGGAUGAUCAUAAAUCUCCCCCCGGUGACGUUAAAAAAGAGUCAGACAGGCCACAUAAACCUCCUGACAAAGAUUUGAUGGCUCCUCUCGAUGACCUUAAAGAAACUUUAGACGAACCAAAGCAACCCGUAAUAUCCGAUAAAAAAGAAGAUAAAGCAGUAAUAGAUACACCUUCUGUAAUUGAGAAACCAUUAAAGUCUGUCAUACACAGUCCAGACAAAGAUUUAACCAUUUCUCCCGAAAAGGUGCACCCUAUAGAAUUAGACGAUCAUAUAUCUCCUUUCGACGACCUUAAAGAAGGGUCAGACAAGCCACAUAAACCUCCUGACAAAGAGUUGAUGGCUCCUCUCGAUGACCUUAAAGAAACUUUAGACGAACCAAAGCAACCCGUAGUAUCCGAUAAAAAAGAAGAUAAAGCAGUAAUAGAUGCACCUUCUGUAAUUGAGAAACCAUUAAAGUUUGUCAUACACAGUCCAGACAAAGAUUUAACCCUGUCUCCUGAAAAGGUGCACCCAAUAGAAUUAGAUGAUCAUAAAUCUCCCCUCGGUGACGUUAAAGAAGAGUCAGACAAGCCACAUAAACCUGUAAUUCCUGAUAAAAAGGAAGAAAAAGGCGUAACAGAAAAACCAACUCUAACUGACAAACAAACAAAGCCUGACAAAGAUUUGAUGGCUCCUCUCGAUGACCUUAAAGAAACUUUAGACGAACCAAAGCAACCCGUAGUAUCCUAUAAAAAAGAAGAUAAAGCAGUAAUAGAUACACCUUCUGUAAUUGAGAAACCAUUAAAGUCUGUCAUACACAUUCCAGACAAAGAUUUAACCAUGUCUCCUGAAAAGGUGCACCCUAUAGAAUUAGAUGAUCAUAUAUCUCCUUUCGACGACCUUAAAGAAGGGUCAGACAAGCCACAUAAACCUGUAAUUCCUGAUAAAAAGGAAGAAAAAGGGGAUUUGAUGGCUCCUCUCGAUGACCUUAAAGAAACUUUAGACGAACCAAAGCAACCCGUAGUAUCCGAUAAAAAAGAAGAUAAAGCAGUAAUAGAUACACCUUCUGUAAUUGAGAAACCAUUAAAGUCUGUCAUACACAGUCCAGACAAAGAUUUAACCAUUUCUCCAGAAAAGGUGCACCCUAUAGAAUUAGAUGAUCAUAUAUCUCCUUUCGACGACCUUAAAGAAGGGUCAGACAAGCCACAUAAACCUGUAAUUCCUGAUAAAAAGGAAGAAAUAGGGGUAACAGAAAAACCAACUCUAACUGACAAACAAACAAAGCCUGACAAAGAUUUGAUGGCUCCUCUCGAUGACCUUAAAGAAACUUUAGACGAACCAAAGCAACCCGUAGUAUCCGAUAAAAAAGAAGAUAAAGCAGUAAUAGAUACACCUUCUGUAAUUGAGAAACCAUUAAAGUCUGUCAUACACAGUCCAGACAAAGAUUUAACCAUGUCUCCUGAAAAGGUGCAUCCUAUAGAAUUAGAUGAUCAUAAAUCUGCCCUCGUUGACGUUAAAAAAGAGUCAGACAAGCCACAUAAACCUGUAAUUCCUGAUAAAAAGGAAGAAAAAGGGGUAACAGAUAAACCAGCUCUAACUGACAAACAAACAAAGCCUGACAAAGAUUUGAUGGCUCCUCUCGGUGACCUUAAAGAAACUUUAGACGAACCAAAGCAACCCGUAGUAUCCGAUAAAAAAGAAGAUAAAGCAGUAAUAGAUACACCUUCUGUAAUUGAGAAACCAUUAAAGUCUGUCAUACACAGUCCAGACAAAGAUUUAAUAAUGUCUCCUGAAAAGGUGCACCCUAUAGAAUUAGAUGAUCAUAUAUCUCCUUUCGAUGACCUUAAAGAAGGGUCGGACAAGCCACAUAAACCUCCUGACAAAGAUUUGAUGGCUUCUCUCGAUGACCUUAAAGAAAUUUUAUACGAACCAGAGCAACCCGUAGUAUCCGAUAAAAAAGAAGAUAAAGCAGGAAUAGAUACACCUUCUGUAAUUGAGAUACCAUUAAAGUCUGUCAUACACAGUCCAGAAAAAGAUUUAAUCAAGUCUCCUGAAAAGGUGCACCCUAUAGAACUAGAUGCUCAUAAAUCUCCCCUCGGUGACGUUAAAGAAGAGUCAGACAAGCCACAUAAACCUGUAAUUCCUGAUAAAAAGGAAGAAAAAGGGGUAACAGAAAAACCAGCUCUAACUGACAAACAAACAAAGCCUGACAAAGAUUUGAUGGCUCCUCUCGGUGACCUUAAAGAAACUUUAGACGAACCAAAGCAACCCGUAGUAUCCGAUAAAAAAGAAGAUAAAGCAGUAACAGAUACACCUUCUGUAAUUGAGAAACCAUUAAAGUCUGUCAUACACAGUCCAGACAAAGAUUUAACCAUUUCUCCCGAAAAGGUGCACCCUAUAGAAUUAGACGAUCAUAUAUCUCCUUUCGACGACCUUAAAGAAGGGUCAGACAAGCCACAUAAACCUCCUGACAAAGAGUUGAUGGCUCCUCUCGAUGACCUUAAAGAAACUUUAGACGAACCAAAGCAACCCGUAGUAUCCGAUAAAAAAGAAGAUAAAGCAGUAAUAGAUGCACCUUCUGUAAUUGAGAAACCAUUAAAGUUUGUCAUACACAGUCCAGACAAAGAUUUAACCCUGUCUCCUGAAAAGGUGCACCCAAUAGAAUUAGAUGAUCAUAAAUCUCCCCUCGGUGACGUUAAAGAAGAGUCAGACAAGCCACAUAAACCUGUAAUUCCUGAUAAAAAGGAAGAAAAAGGCGUAACAGAAAAACCAACUCUAACUGACAAACAAACAAAGCCUGACAAAGAUUUGAUGGCUCCUCUCGAUGACCUUAAAGAAACUUUAGACGAACCAAAGCAACCCGUAGUAUCCUAUAAAAAAGAAGAUAAAGCAGUAAUAGAUACACCUUCUGUAAUUGAGAAACCAUUAAAGUCUGUCAUACACAUUCCAGACAAAGAUUUAACCAUGUCUCCUGAAAAGGUGCACCCUAUAGAAUUAGAUGAUCAUAUAUCUCCUUUCGACGACCUUAAAGAAGGGUCAGACAAGCCACAUAAACCUGUAAUUCCUGAUAAAAAGGAAGAAAAAGGGGUAACAGAAAAACCAACUCUAACUGACAAACAAACAAAGCCUGACAAAGAUUUGAUGGCUCCUCUCGAUGACCUUAAAGAAACUUUAGACGAACCAAAGCAACCCGUAAUAUCCGAUAAAAAAGAAGAUAAAGCAGUAAUAGAUACACCUUCUGUAAUUGAGAAACCAUUAAAGUCUGUCAUACACAGUCCAGACAAAGAUUUAACCAUUUCUCCAGAAAAGGUGCACCCUAUAGAAUUAGAUGAUCAUAUAUCUCCUUUCGACGACCUUAAAGAAGGGUCAGACAAGCCACAUAAACCUGUAAUUCCUGAUAAAAAGGAAGAAAUAGGGGUAACAGAAAAACCAACUCUAACUGACAAACAAACAAAGCCUGACAAAGAUUUGAUGGCUCCUCUCGAUGACCUUAAAGAAACUUUAGACGAACCAAAGCAACCCGUAGUAUCCGAUAAAAAAGAAGAUAAAGCAGUAAUAGAUACACCUUCUGUAAUUGAGAAACCAUUAAAGUGCAUCCUAUAG